GCUCAGCGCGGGAGAGUUGUUCUGGUAAACAGUGGAGAAGCUCGUUUCUCUAUAGUGUCAUCAGCGCUUAUUUCACCUAAAAUUUGUUUCCCGGAAGAAAUUAAGGCUACAAAUAUGUCAGAAUUUAGAAGAUAAAGGCUUCAUGUUAAAGGGAAAACAAGCGUUUUGUUGGACGAUGCUAGUGUUGUUUGCUAACUCCAGGCUUCAGGAAGGCUAGCAGCUGCUGUUCCUGUGGUGUUUAUGAUUCAUGUCGGUUAAAGUCACUUCAUUUAGCAGCUUUCUGUUAUAAACAGUAUUUGUAAAUAUUCUCAGUGGAUUUAUGAACUAAUUAAAUGUCAUUAUCUGGCCGAAAGUGAUUCAUUAGGCUUAUUAGUCCCUCUGUGCAGCACCGGUUGUUCCUUGCUUGUGUUGUUCGAUUAAUCGGAUCAGCGAUGAAGUUGCAGUGCGAUGUGGAAGUGAUUAAUCGGAUGCUGCCUACAUUUGGCAUGAGGAAUAAAGGCAGAGGAUGCAGAGCUGUGCUGUCUAUCGGUAAACAUGUGGACAAAACAAGCCAGCGUACCAAUGUUUACUUACUGAUCUGCACAGCCAAAGACAGAUCUGGAUCCAAGUACAAGCUAAAGGAGAAUAUAGAGAAGUUCUUCACAGGCUUCGUAGAAGAAGGGAAAGCUACGGUUCGACUCAAAGAACCUGCUGUGGAUGUCUGCAUGAGCAAGGCUGAUGCCAACAGCUUGAAAAACUUCCUCUCAGCUGCUCGGCUGGCACACCAGGGAGGCGACACGGACAGCCUCACCCUCUCUACCCUGACCCCAGUCCGUGCCAGAGACGUGGAGAAACCCAAAAAGAAGCUCACCAUUACGUCCAAAAAGGACUACCCCCUCACGUCCAGCUUCCCGUAUUCCCUGGAGCAGCUGCAGGUCUCUUACUGCAAGCUCUCCCGGGUGGACAUGCGCAUGCUGACUCUGAAAUCGCUCCGGAUACUCGACCUCAGCAACAACCACAUCAAGAAGCUCCCGGCUACCAUCGGCGACCUCGGCUGCCUGGCCGAACUCGUACUCCACAACAACCACUUGGAGAGUUUUAGUGAAGCGCUCUGCCAGUCAACGCUGCAGAAAUCUCUGCAGCAUCUGGACCUGAGUCAGAACCGCUUACAGCUGCUGCCCGCUUGCUUUUGCAAGCUGCACGAGCUGGUGACCCUUAAAGUGGACCACAACAAGCUUGUGAAGCUGCCGUUUCACGUCGGCCGGCUCAACAAGCUGCGUUUCCUUUCCGCUGCCCAUAAUCAGCUGUCGGUGCUGCCCGGAGACUUUCGCAAGCUGUCGCUGGAGAACUUGGACCUGUUCGGGAACCCGUUCGCUCAGCCUAAUCCGCUGGACCACAGCAUCCAGCUCACGUUCCCCCUCACACUGCAGGAGCUGGGCUCCAGAGCUGUACUCAACCACAGAAUCCCCUACGGACCUCAUCUCAUUCCCUUCCACCUGUGCGACGAGCUGGAACUGGCGAAGGCGUGCGACUGCGGCCGCACCUGCGUGAACUUGUACAUCCAGACGGCGGUGAGCAUGAACCUGCACCUCGUCUCUCUCACCGUGGUGCUGGUGGAUGACAUGGGGGGCACGGAGGCUCCCAUCCAGCGCUAUUUCUGCUCGCUCACGUGUUACUGCCAGUUCCUGGACGGCUGCGUGCAGAGAGGCUUGAGAUGAGGAUGAUUGACAGAAUGGCCAAAUACUUUUGAUUCUGUUGGCACUGGUACAAUAACAGCAGUGUUCACUCAUUAAUGCUUCAUUAAUGCAUGUUUUUUUUUUUUUUUUUAUUAACUUCACACUGAUAAAAACCCACAGUAAAGGUGCUGAAAACUAAAUCACACUCAAUUUUAAGGUGGAAUGAUGUUCUACAUUAAGAGUUUUUUAAAUGUGUCUGUUCUGUGUUUGUCAAUUUUGUUAUUUUGCUCUGGGCUUAAUGUAUUAUAAAAUAAAUAAAAAUGUACUUUACUCACACA